AAAGAGAAUUCCUAUUCGGCUUAAUUUCGAGUAGGUACUGUUCUAACCUCUAUUCGUAUAGCAAUAGUUGAAAAAACGAGAUUCAACAAAAAAUAAUAGCGAAAAACAAAAUAAGAAGGUAGUAAAAAUGACCGAUGAAGAACCGAAGUUGAAAGAACGUGAGUUGGAAUGGCUGUUGAAACCCUGUGAAAUGUACAAAGACGAAUACAAAGACUGCAAAUGUAUGAGGGCUCGCUUCAAUCAAUAUUUUGUGUACGGUGAAUUAUUAGACUGUUCACAAUGGAAAGUAGACUACGAAAAUUGCCAGCUCUGGAAAAGCAAGGAUGACGACAAGGCUUUUGAAGCGUUACUCGCUAGUGAACAGAAGAGACGGCUUAAAAGACUGCAACCUCAUUAUUCCAACGACAUUUGGACCAAAAGGGACAAACCACCACAAAACUGGAACAAACCUUUACCAGAUUGGAUGAAUAAAAAGAUUUCUGGUACUUUGCUAGAGUACAAACAAAAAGGGAUUGAAACUGGUAAAGUCAACGACUUGGAUGUAAAUAUACCGUGGUGUACAAUUUUGUAGCAUAUUAAAUAUGAAAAUUUUGUUUAUAAAGUGUAAUAUAUGUAUUACAACAAAAAUAUAUCCAAUUAUUUGAA